AUGGGCACCCCAUCCCUCACGGUCCCCUCUCCCUGCAGUGAUGUGACGUUUGUGGUGGGCCCGGAGCAGCAGAAGGUGUUUGCUCACCGCUGUGUGCUGGCGUGCCGCUGUCAGGCUUUCCAGGGGAUGCUCGCCCAGGUGCCAGUGGGCAACCAGGACUCCUCCAGCAGUGUCCCAGCCCAGGGCCCCUUCAUCCUGGGCAACGUGCAGCCUGAGGUCUUCCUGGCUGUCAUCGAGUUCCUCUACACCAACAGUGUCACCCUCAACAACCACAUCGCACUGGAGGUGCUGACCUCAUCGGUGGAAUAUGGCUUGCAGGACCUGUGCAAGCUCUGCGUCAGGUUCAUCAAGGACACUCUGAGCGUGGAGCAGGUCUGCGAGGCCCUGCAGGCUGCGGUGGCCUAUGGGCAGACAGACCUCCAGCAGCACUGCCUGGCCUUCAUCGAGGGCUGCACUGCGGCAGUGGUGCAGACACAGGGCUUCCGUGAGCUCUCGGAUGUGGUGCUGGCGCGGGUGCUGCGCAGCGACCGCCUGGCCGUGGAUGAGCUGGACCUGGUGCAGGCUGUGCGGGAGUGGGCACACGUCAGCUCGGCUGUCCUGGAGCGGCCGGUGCCUGAGGUGGCUGCUCUGCCCGUGCGGGAGCUGCGCCUGCCCUUGCUGGCACCCAGCGAACUGGUGACACUGGAGAGCCACAACCAGCGGGAUCUGCUCAUCCCGGUGGAGAGCAUCGCAGCGGCCUGGCGUGCCCACGCUCUGAGAAAGGGCAGUGGGGUGCCCUCCCGCCUCUGCCGGCCCCGCCGCGGCACACGGCCCCGUGACCAUCACCGGCACCUCGAGCCACACACCAAGUAGGGGCUGGGCAACGAGUUUUGUCCAGCCCAGCCAGGGGCUCUGCAGCAGGGCAGGCUGUGGGGCUGGCACUGAUGCUGCCACGGCUGGGAGCAUCGAUAAGGUGCUUUGUCCUAUGCCACGGUGUCAGGGCCAGGGCAGGAUGCCAAGGUCACCCCAAAAAGGGAUGCAGGGACUGGGGGCAGGGUAGAGCUGGGCUAUGGGAUGGGUACGAGGGCACGGCAGGCAGCCCAUACAGUGGCCGAGGGGUGGCAGGGCUGCAGGGGUCCCUGCGGGAUGGGGACACAGGAUGAGCUCUCCCUUCCCCGGGGCCGUGCUGCCCUCCCACGGCAGCGGGGCCAUGGUGCAG